AAUUAAUUGCUUGUUUUAAGCUCCAAUUUAAUGGCUUAUCAACUAAUAUGAAUCUUUUCUCUUCUUCUUUUGUUUUGCUUUUAGGGAUUUUUUGCUUUUUGUCCUGAUGUUUCUUUUAUUUUGAUUUGAUUUUAAUUUGAUAUGUAUUUUAGCUAGCUAUAGGCUUCGAUUUUGUACAUCCCUUUUGUUUAUCUGCUUUUAACUAUUCGAUACUACAAUUGGAAAUAAGUUUCUAUUUUUGUUAUGAUUUAUUUUCUGUUUAUAGUUAUUAUCCAAAAUGGUAACUUUUAACUUUUUAGUGUUCUUUUGUGGUGUAACUUCUUAUAUUUGUAUUGAUGAAUAAAGAUUAGAUUCCGUACAUUCUUUGCAACUCUCAGAUGAGCAUGGUGAUUGUAGUUGAUAGUAUUCAUAUUUGUGCUUUUCAAUUUUGACGAUAUUAUAGCUGAAUAGAGGUGAGCUUGAGGAGUAAAAGAUUAUGUUGGGAAUGAUCAUUGAUUCUUUCAAGUUAAUUACAGGUUCUUUCACUAAAUAUUUCUUGCUCAUGAUUUGUAGUGAUGCUUUGGGUUAUAUGAAUCAUUGGAAGAUCAGGUUGGGCGGGCUCUUGAUCAUCGUAAAGAGAUCUAUCAAUUGAGUGGGUAUCUGUAUUGGCUUCGCCACCAGCCCAAACAGGACGAUCGAAUCGAACUUCCGUAAGUUCUCCGGCAGCAGAUUGUUGGAGUUUGUUGUAGUUUCUAAAGAAGCUUUUUUAAUCCAUAUAUUCCUAUAGAGAACAUGAACUCGACAUCCACACAAUUUGUAAUUUCUAGAAGAAUGAAUAUGUACGAGCACCAGAUUAACUCAUGGGUGGACAGCUUCAGGGACGAUGCCUUUCCAAAUGUGUCUCCGUCCACUGUUGUAGAAGUGCAUGAGAGAGUAGACAACCUGUCGGAAGACACUUCAUCACAUGGAGCACAGGCACCUCCAAACAAAUAUGACCAGGAAGCAUCUAAACCUAUCGACAAGAUACAAAGGCGUCUUGCACAAAAUCGUGAGGCUGCUCGGAAAAGUCGAUUGCGAAAAAAGGCGUAUAUUCAGCAAUUGGAGCUGGGUCGUUCAAAAUUGAUGCAAAUGGAGCAAGAGCUUGAACGAGUGAGACAACAGGGGGUGUAUGUUGGUGGUGGGAUAGAUCAACUUCCUUUCUCUCCGACUGUGAAUUCAGGGAUUGUUGCAUUUGAGAUGGAGUACGCGCAUUGGGUCGAAGAGCAAAAUAAACAGAUUUGUGAGCUUAGGAAUGCCUUGAAUGCACAUAUUACCGAUGUUGAGCUAAGGAUUCUCGUGGAUAUUGGGAUGAAACACUAUUUUGAUCUUUUCCAGUUGAAGGGAAGCGCAGCAAAGGCUGACGUAUUUUAUCUCAUCUCUGGCAUGUGGAAAACAUCAACUGAGCGCUUUUUCUUGUGGAUUGGAGGGUUUCGUCCAUCAGAAUUACUAAAGGUACUUGGGCCACAGCUCGAUCCCUUGACAGAGCAACAAGUGAUGGGUGUGUACAACCUUAAACAAUCUUGUGAGCAAGCAGAGGAGGCUCUUACACAGGGGAUGGAAAAACUACAGCAAACUCUGGCAGAAACUAUUGCAACUGAUCACUUAGGAGACGGAAUUUACACUUCAGAAAUGGCUAAUAAUGCGAUUGAGAGACUAGAAGCUCUUGUUAGCUUCGUAAACCAGGCAGAUCAUCUUCGAAAAGAGACGCUGCAGCAGAUACACCGGAUCUUAACCAUACGCCAAGCAGCUCGAGGCUUAUUAGCUCUAGGAGAGUACUUCCAACGUCUAAGGGCUCUUAGCUCCCUUUGGUGUAGUCGCCCUCCACAACCUGCGUAAAUUUUCGCAUAAAUAAAGGUCUCAUCGUCGAAAUUUAGCUGACAAAGUCAGAAAUACCAACAUUUCAGCUCAAGGUGCGUUUUUACAGCUAUAAUAUAUUGCUGUUAAAUGUAUAGCAUGUCCUCAUUCUUGAAGCAAAUUUGUAUAUAUACAGCAGCAAUGCAAUUGUCUUCGAUGCUAGUUCGUAAUUCGUACUAUGUUGUCGAAACCUGAGAAAAUUUCUUUGGAAGUUUUUUUUUUCUUUUGCCAUUUGAGUGUGUUAUUAUGCAAUGUUGUAAUAUGUAAAUGAUGUAGGAAUUUUUGUGUACGCCAUCAAUUUUGUAAAUUAUAAUGUUAGUGGCUUCGUCCAUUCUUGAUGAGACUACAAGUUCAUAGUUAUUGGUUUUUAAUUACAUUGAAUCUCUAAAAUUGUUCGUUAAGUUAUGUUCGGUUUUUUUAUAUAUAAAGUUGUAGAUAAUGUUUGAUAUAAAGAUUCAGAAACAACAUCUUUAUCAUGAAAAUGAUAAAGUCAUGUGCAUUUGACUUUUUGAACCCUAUGUUGGGGGAGGAAGUCGGUGAGGGCUACCAACCUGCCUGAUGGAAGAAAAAGAGUGCGUGGUGAUGAUGAAGAAAUUAUAUUUUUGAUUAAUCAAAACUUAAAUCAAUUAUAUUUUUGAUUUACAAUUGUCUAUCCCUUUUAGUUCAAAAAAGAAAUUAUAUUGGUGAAUAGUGAUGAUAAAGUAUAUAAUAUCAUGGAGUAUAAACCAUUAGCUUGAGGUUUUGAUUUACGUUUUUGAUAUAAUAUUUGAAGCCAACAUGAUAAUAAGCUGAGUUUAAUCUUUAUUUAAUUUUUAUUUCAAGUGGAAUAUUUACUGCUAAGUGCUAGAUAUGGGGAGGAUUU